AUGGUUUUUGCGGAUACAGAGUGGUCCAUUGAAAAGAAGGAGUUAGGUCACCAAGCGCAGAUGAAAUUUAAACACAAAGAUUUCGAUCAAAUCCAACCAAAUGAAAUCGCUAAUGAAUUUUUGUCAGAAGAUGAUGGAGUUGCCAUAUUUUUGGUAUCAAAGAGAGAAGUUGACGACCAAAUGAAAUCGCUGAUGAAUGAUUUUGUGGGAGAUGCUGAUAAAAAGAGCAUAGACAAAGCUCCUGAAGAAGUUCUAAAAUAUUGUCGGACCUCUGAUGCUAAACCUUUUUGGCCAAUAGCAACCGGACAAAUCUUAUUGGAGAUAAUUUGGGAAACAAGACGUGUAACUUGUGGACCAAGCAUCAAAGUCUGUCAAACAAGUGCCUAA